AAUUGGCUGGGAAGUCCCCUGCGCUAAUGAGGUGCGGCCUAUGAUUGGCCGAGAAGCCCCCGUCUCAAUGCAGCGCGGUCCGGCCGCAGCCGGGGCGAGAGCCUCAGUCCAGUCCCGCUCCUUCCUGCCGGCCCGCGCCUUAGGGGUUCUUCUUGUCACCACUACUUGCAUUGCCCAUGGAUGACGUUUGGAGGGGCAAGAACGGCAGGGACUGCAGGCUGCUCCAGCCGGCGGUCCUGGGGGUCCUGCUGGCGGUGAUCGUGGUGCUGGCAGUGACCCUGGGCUACUCUGGGACCAAAACCUGCGACGCCUGCGAAGAUGGCCUCCGGGCAGAGGCGAGGUGCCACAAUAUCACCGACCACCUGCAGGACCGGCUGACCCGGGCGCAGAAGACUUUGCAGGAUGCCCGUGCCCUCUGCGACAGCACCGUGGAAAAUCUGAAUGCUGCCCUGGCCGAGAUGAAAACGCAAGAAGAGCAGCAACGGAAGCAAGUGCAGGACCUCAAAAAUGAGAUCGAGGAUUUGAAGCAGAAGCUACAGAGGGCGGAGGAGGAGGCGCAGCUGCUGAGGCCGCAGCCUGCGGGCGGAGGGCGGAUGGAUGCGAUGGAUGCGAAUGGGCUCCCUGGCUUCGAAGUCCCCAGACCCGCCGAUCUGCGGGGUGUCGGGUUGGGGGUGGGGUGGGGCUCCUCUGCCGCUUCUCGGGGUCACGGUUGGGGUCUCUUCCUUCUGGGGUCUUCUGCUCCAAAACAAUAAACACUC